AUGGAAAACAACCUCGCAGGCACAGGAGCACCACCAGCGCCAUCGGCCGCUGCAACAGCUUCAGCAGCAGGCCAAUCCCAAUUCCCGGCACAUGAGAACCCGCGAGUCUGGCUGUUCUCCUCUGGCGACUCUCCCAUAGGAAUCUCGUUAGCUCGCCAGAUCCUUGCGCAUGGCGACUACGUGGUUUGCGGCCGCUGUCCAGCAGACUCUGAACGAGAAAAUCCCAGGGCCACUGCUUUCGAGAACUUCCUGGAAGAGCUAGAGAAUGCGGAACCGGGCCAGGAGACUAGCGGCUGGAAGGAAAGAUUUGAUGUUGUGAAUCUUGAUAUCAGGAUAAUGAGCGACUGUCAGGCUGCAAUUGCUAGCACAAUAAACAAAUACGGGAGAAUUGACAUCGUUCUCUGCUGCACAAGCCAAGCCGUCAUUGGAUCUGUUGAAGAGCUCGCAACUUCAGAGCGUGCAAGGAUGCUGCUGAAAGACCAGUUUGAAACUAAUUACUUUGGACCUGUGAACUUGAUCAAGUCUGCUCUUCCGCAAAUGCGGCUCCAGAGAUCCGGGCAUCUGAUGGUCCUAGGUGGAAUAAGUAAGAUUACUAUCCUCAACUACACGAACCCCCCCCAUCGCGCAAUAUAUACUAAUGGAAUAAUAGCCGGACAUAUCGGAACACCUGGCCUUGGAGUAUACUGUGCCGCAGAAUGGGCAUUAGACGGUUAUUGUGACAGCCUUGCAUACGAGGUGGCGCCAUUCAAUAUCCGAAUCACAAUCCUCCAAAGCAGCGUUGAGAUAGGGGUACUGUCCAAUCUGAUCACCAGCGUUCCGCCACUUGACGCCUACAAUCCAGCCCAGAACCAUGCACCCCUUUUCCGAAGAAUCAUGAACAGCGUACUUUCCCAGCUUCCGGGUUUCAGCGGGUAUGCCCGGUCAGCCCAUUUCCCGCAAAGUACACAGGCGCCGUUAUCUUCUCCAGGAAGUGUGAAGCAAGAGUCUACAAAGGAGAAUGAUGAGCCUCUCUCCGCACCUUCUGGCGUCUCACUUUAUCCGCCACUCGGCUCUGAGCAUCUGGAAAUGCUUAUGGGGGAAACCAUGUAUGCUGUCACUGCCAUUGGAGGCCAUGAAAACCCGCCUGCCAGGCAUAUAGUUGGAGCGGAGUCGGUUGCAUGUGUGAAGGAGAAACUGAAGACGGUCAGCGAAGAGCUAGAAGACUUCAUCGAGUGCAGCUGUGCUGUGGAUAUUAAUAGCACAGAGAAUCCUUCUAGGGUCACGAGCGACGAGGCAGUGGUCCAGCCUGAGUCUUAA